AUGGCCCCAAUCCGACGAUACCUCAGGAUAUCAAAGUACUCGGUGCUUGAGUGCCGCAUCUACCUCGACAACCCUGCCCUAGCACACUCAUGGCUGCUCAACCCGCGCAGCCCGGUGUUGCCCAAGGUCAUCGACAGCGUACGGCCCCUGGUCCUUCCCAAGCUGCGCGAGGAGCGGGAGCGCAGCCGCAAGAAGAGCACCAAAAAGCGUGGCAUCAAGGAUAUCGUGGUGGAGGACGACUUCGAGGUGUCCAUUUUCCUGACCGAGACGAGCGCGCGACACUCGCUGCUGUACAAGCACAAGCACUUCCGCGACACGACGCAGACGAAGCUGACGUCGAACUCGAGCAAGCUAACGGGUGCGUCCCGAGAAGCGCCCAUCGAUGUCGAGGCGCCGGGCUCAGGUACCGAAGGGACGGCGGUAGUGCGCGAGGAGGAGCCCGAUGACGCAGUGGCUCUUUUUGACAUUCCGACAAUGGACGGAGAUGAAACAACACCAGCACGCGUCGGCUCGCCACCAUCAAUGCGACCAUCGAAACGCCGCCGCGGGAGGGGCGCAGGGCUACCCAGGGACGCCGGCGAUGACGGAGGCGAACACGAUGCCGAGAUCCUGACCUCGGACGACGGCGAGGUGGAGGACGGCGAGGACGACCUGUUCGUGGGCGACGAUGACUCUGACGGCUCGGCAGCGGCGCCGCCCCCGGCCAAGCGUCGCAAGGACGCCGCUAGCCCUGCCGAACACGAAGCCCAGCGGGACGACAAGAAGAAGCUAGCAAUGGACAUUCGGUACGAGGGAUUUUCUAUCUACGGCCGCGUCCUCUGCCUCGUGGUCAAGAAGCGCGAUGGUCUCAGCGCCGGGCGGAAUGCCCCGGGCCAAGGCCGGGCGCAGGACGGCUGCGCCUGGUGGUGGUCAGGCUGUGAUGGAGAACUGGAUCACGUCCACUCAGAUGCCCGAGGUGGCCCCUGA